AUGCCUUUCAAAAAUAUAUUCACAUCUUCUUCUUCAUCAUCUUCAUUGAAUGAAGAUAAUCCCAUUAAAUCAACUACAUCCCAUCGAACAAUUCUUAAACAAAGAGACACUUCUUCAUUACUGGCAUCACCUCAAUCAACAACAUCUUCUUCUAGACAUAAUCCUAUUAUAGGUGGUAAUCAUAAUCCUAACCACUCUCGAAAUAGCAACAAUAACAAUAACAGCAACAAUACAGACAAUCCCAUGUAUAUUACUCCUAGUAUAAAUAGUAAUAUGAGUCAAUCAAGUCUAAGUACUGCUGGCACUACUGGUACUACUCAUUCACCAACUUCAAUGAAAACCCAUCGUGGUCCUUCAUUAAAAAGAUUCUUUAAAAAAUUCAAACCACGUGACCACCAUGAUAAAUCAUCACUGUCAUUUCUUCAUCAACAUCAUUUUGAAAAACAAAAACAUUUUGGUGCUGGUAAACCGGCACCAAUUAAUUCUUCUAAUGCCACUAAUUUAUUUGCUAAAUACGGUUCACCAGGGAAAUUAUUAGGUACAGGAGCUAGUGGAUCAGUCAAUUUAUUAACAUCUAAAAAUGAUCCUACCAAGAUAUAUGCUGUUAAAAAAUUCCGAGCUCGAAUGACUAAUGAACAAGAAUCUGAUUAUAAAAUUAAAGUAGCUAAUGAAUUUAAAGUAGGUGAAGUAUUACAACAUGAAAAUAUUAUUAGAACUUUUGAAUUAAUUAAAGAUUAUUCAAAUACUACCAAACAAAUAACUGAUCCUGAUUAUUAUAUAAUUAUGGAAUAUUGUCAAUAUGAUUUUUUCAAUUUAGUAAUGAGUGGAUUAAUGGAACAUAAUGAAAUAUAUUGUUAUUUUAAACAAAUUAUUAAUGGAGUAGCAUAUUUACAUUCUAAAGGAUUAGCUCAUCGUGAUUUAAAAUUAGAUAAUUGUGUGGUUAAUAAAUUUGGUAUAUUAAAAUUAAUUGAUUUUGGUUCAGCAGUUCAAUUUCGUAAAGAAAUUCCUAAAGGAUAUUAUAUAACUUCUGAUGAUAUUAUGUUAGCUCCUAAUUAUAAAUUGAUUCGUGCUAGAGGAGUUGUUGGAUCUGAUCCUUAUUUAUCACCAGAAGUAUUUGAACCUUUAGGAGUUGGUUAUGAUCCUCGUGGUGCUGAUGUAUGGUCAAUUGCUAUAAUUUAUUGUUGUAUGAUUUUGAAAAGAUUCCCUUGGAAAUUACCGAAAUUAUCUGAUCCUUCAUAUCGAUCAUUCGCUGGUCCUCAAUUAAAUAACCAACACUCUCACUCUCACCAUCACCAUAACAAUGCUAAUGCUAAUACUAAUAGUAAUAGUAAUAGUAACGAUAUCAAUGGUGGAUUAGCCAAUGAUAUUAAUGGAUUAUCAAUAAAUAACAACCAACCUAUUAACGACCACGAUAGACAUACAAAUUAUCAAUCAUUAGUUGGUCCUGAACGAUUAUUAAGAUUAUUACCAAUAGAAUCCCGAGAAUUAAUUAAAAAUAUGUUAAUAUUAGAUCCCAAAAAAAGAUAUUAUAUGCCUGAUGUCAUUAAAGAUCCAUUUGUGGAAUCAAUUCAUCAUUGUUAUACAUUAGUUGAUGUAGAUCAAGUUAUUCCUAGUCAAGAUCAUGUUCAUCAUUUAGUCACUGAAGAAGAUUUAAAUAAAUUAACUCAAGAAAGAGAAAGAGUUAAACGAUUAAAAGAUGCUGGAAUGGCAUGA